AUGCAGUUCUUCAUCCUCGCCCUUGCUUUUGGCGCCGCGGUCCAAGCUCUCCCGCUCCUCCCAGUCCUGCCUUUGGUCGACGGCGUCACUGGUGUGGCCCUAAUCGACGUCAAACGCAAUGCUCUCCUCGACGGCACUGUUGGAACUGUCACAGAUGUGACCUCUAAGCUCGGCCUGGGUAACCUUAAGAGCAAGCGUGAGCUCCAGGAGGGUGUGAUCGAGACUGUUGAUGGUUUGACUUCCGGUCUUGGUCAUGGCUCAGUCAAGCGUCGUGUCCUUGACACUGUGACCGAUCUGACCAGCAUUGUCACAGGCGGCCUCACGGGUGGCGACUCGACCUUCAAGCGUGGGGCUGGCCUGGUGGACCUGGAGAACUUGGACCUUGACCCGGAUGCCUUGAAACCCGAGGCCCUUGACAAACGUCUGGUUGAUCUCACGAAUCUCAAUCUUAACACGGAUGCCUUGAACAUCGACGUCCUUAACAAACGCCAGGUGGACCUUGACGAUGUCAAUCUUGAUACCGAUGCCCUAAAUAUCGACGCCCUCAAUAAAAGCCAGGUGGACUUCGAAGACCUCAACCUUGACACUGACGCCUUGAACAUUGACAUCCUCAACAAACGCAAGGUGAGCCUCAGUGACCUCGAACUUGACACCGAUGCGUUGAACAUCAACGCUCUGAACAAAUGCCUGCUUGAUGACAGUCUAUCCGCUCUGGAUGUCGACAUGGAUGCUCUGAACAUUGACACCCUCAACAAACGCCUGCUUGGUCUCGACCUCUCCGAUGUAGACGUGGAAGGCGCCCUCCAAGCUCUCGGAUUAGAUGGCUCGGACUCGAUCUUUGAGCUCCUGUCCGCCGCUGGCCUGGACGACAACGCUCUCGCCAGCUCUCUACUGAUCAAGCUCGGUGUGGUCGGUCAUGAUGUAUCUGAGAUCCUGAACGCCCUGGGUGACAACGAUGACACUUCGAUCUCGGAGCUUCUGCGACAGCUCGACUUGACUGAGGUAGGAAGUCUGAUCAGCGACUUGGUGGCUGAACUGGGACUCACCGUCUGA